CUGGUGCUGUGAAGCCUCUGCACUGGGAAUGCUGGAGUGGAUGCUCCAUGGUGGGUGUAGCCGGCUCCGGGAUGUGGGUGGAGUGCUGCUGUUUGCCUAUAAGGAGCUGUCCACCAUCUCUGGUGCUGAUUCUUCCUCCAGCUCAGUGAACUGCACGUCUCGGCUCCCAUCGCCUUUGGAUGUGUCUCUCUAUAAGGAGUCUGUGCAGGGGAUGUCUGCGGCUCAGGGUGGGCUGCCUGGAUGCUGCUGAGAUUCAGGGGUUUGUCUGAGAAGCCACAGAUCUGGGGAUAAUACACAAACUCUCUCAUUUCCAUCUAAUAACAUGGAUUCGGAUGCAAAAGUGUUUUGUGCUUUCCUGUGCCUGCUGCCUGCUCUGUGUCAUUUGGGAUCAACAGCUGCAAACUAUAAUUGUGAUGAUCCGCUGGUGUCUCCACUUCCGCAGACGGCACUUGACAGCUCCUCAGACUCGCUCCUCAGCAAUGCAAAGCUCAACAGUCAAGAAGGAGCCGGUGGUUGGUCCCCGCUGGAAUCUAACGCAAAGCAAUGGCUGCAGGUCGAUCUGGGAGACAGAUUCGACAUCACCGGGGCGGCCACGCAGGGAAGACACGAAAGCUACGACUGGGUGACACGUUUCAGCGUUAUGUUCAGCGAUACCGGACGCAACUGGAAACCGUAUCAUCACGACAACACCAUCUGGGUGUUUCCAGGAAACACAAACGCAGAUGGCGUCGUCAACCACAAGUUCCAGCAUUCCAUUAAGGCCAGAUUCCUCCGAUUCAUUCCAUUGGAUUGGAAUUCAAGCGGGAGAAUCGGAAUGAGGAUCGAGGUUUAUGGCUGCUCAUACAAAUCUGAUGUAGCCGACUUCGAUGGCAGAAGCUCCCUCCUGUACCGGUUCAAUCAGAAGCUGAUGACCACCUUUAAAGACGUCAUCUCCCUGAAGUUCAAGAGCAUGCAGAGCGACGGCGUAUUAUUUCACGGAGAAGGACAGCGCGGGGAUUACAUUACUCUGGAGCUACAGAAAGGAAAAUUGGCGCUGUUCAUUAACCUGGGUGAUGCCAAGCUGCGUUUCGGUAACACUCACACGGUGGUCACGUUGGGGAGCCUCCUGGAUGAUCAGCAGUGGCAUUCCGUCCUCAUAGACCGCUUCAAUAAACAGGUCAACUUCACCGUGGAUAAAUAUACCCAACAUUUCCGCACCAAAGGGGAUUCCGAUGAUUUGGACAUAGACUAUGAGUUCAGCUUUGGAGGGAUUCCAGUACCAGGAAAACCCGGAACGUUUCUGAAGAGGAAUUUCCAUGGUUGCAUCGAGAACCUGUAUUAUAAUGGAGUAAAUAUUAUUGAUUUGGCCAAGAGACGCAAACCUCAGAUCUACAUUGUGGGCAAUAUCACAUUUUCCUGCUCCGAACCCCAUGUGGUUCCGGUCACUUUCCUGAACCCCGGCACCAGUUACUUGUUAUUACCGGGGACUCCGCAAAUGGACGACCUCUCCGUCAGCUUUCAGUUCCGCACGUGGAAUGGCGAUGGUCUUCUGCUUUCUAGCAAACUUUCUGGAGAUCACGGGGUUCUCAUACUUCAGCUGUUUUCGGGAAAACUGCUCCUAAUGAUCCAGAAGGAGAUGGUGAAUAUCCAGCCCAUAAGCGCAGGCAGUGCUUUAAAUGACGGUUUGUGGCACUCCGUGACCAUCAAUGCAAGAAGACAUCGCGUCUCACUGACCCUGGAUAAUGGGGCGGCUUCCUCCGUCCACGCCACCCUCCCCGUACAGAUCUCCACCGGGCACCGCUAUUACUUCGGAGGCUGCCCGGAUCAGCUGGCGGAUUCCUCCUGUACGAAUCCCAUUUCUUCAUUCCAAGGAUGUAUGAGGCUGAUAUUUAUUGAUAACCAGCCCAAGGACCUGAUCGCGGUGCAACGCGGAGCCCUGGGGAACUUCACCGACCUGCAGAUCGAUAUCUGCGCCAUUAAGGACCGAUGCCUGCCAAAUCACUGCGAACAUGGAGGAGAAUGCUCUCAGACUUGGAGCACAUUUCACUGCGACUGCGGGGACAAGGGCUACGCGGAUGCCACGUGCCAUAGCUCAUUGUAUGAACAGUCCUGUGAGGCCUACAGACACAAGGGUUACCCCUCCGAUUACUACUACAUCGACUCGGAUGGAAGCGGCCCCCUCGGACCUGUCCGUGUUUACUGUAACAUAACCGAUGGCGCCCCCUUCACCUGGUGGAUGGGCAGAGGCAAUGAGAAGCACACGUAUUGGGGAGGGUCACUCCCCGGGCAAUGCACCUGCGGCCUAGAGGAAAGCUGCCUGGACAUGAGACAUUACUGCAACUGCGACGCUGACAGGAGCGAAUGGACAAAUGAUAUUGGAUUUCUCACCUUUAAGGAGCACUUACCGGUCUCACAGAUUGUAAUCACUGACACCAACAGAUCCGGGUCUGAAGCCGCCUGGAAAGUGGGACCCCUGCGAUGUUACGGGGACCGAAGUUUUUGGAACUCGGCCUCUUUCACCUCCGGGACCUCUUACCUCUAUUUUCCCACCUUCCACGCGGAUUUCAGCAUCGACAUCUCAUUUUUUUUCAAAACCACAAGCUCCUCAGGAAUCUUCUUGGAAAACCUUGGGGUCAAAGACUUUCUAAGAAUCGAGUUAGUCUCCCCCUACCAGGUGACCUUCUCCUUUGAUGCGGGCUCCGGGCCCCUGGAGGUCUCUCUGCAGUCGGUCACAGCUCUGAAUGACGGCCAGUGGCAUCACCUCAGGGCCGAGAGGAAUAUAAAGGAGACAAGUCUUGUGGUAGAUAACCAGCCGAGGAAGCUGGUGCAGAGUCCGUCCGAUGGGCGAGUCCGAGCCCAGAUCAGCACUCAGCUGUAUGUAGGAGGGACUUCGUCCAGGCAGAAAGGCUUUGUCGGCUGUCUACGGUCUCUCAAGCUAAAUGGACAAACCCUGGACCUGGAGGAAAAAGCUCGGGUGACCCCGGGGAUCAGGCCGGGGUGCCCAGGCCACUGCAGCAGCUAUGGCAACUUAUGUCACAACAAUGGCAAGUGCAUGGAGAAACGCAACGGAUACAACUGUGACUGCACCAGCUCUGCCUUCGAAGGACCGAAUUGUAGAAAAGAAGUUUCUGCCAUGUUUGAAGCUGGAACAUCAGUCACAUAUAUUUUCCAGGAGCCGUAUCCAGUAUCCAGAAAUACCAGCGCCUCGGCCUCAGCCAUAUAUGCGGAUACCGUGAUAUCAAAGGAGAAUAUUGCUUUCAGCUUCAUGACGGCGCAAGCACCAAGUAUACUGCUCUAUGUGACCUCAGUCUAUCAGGAUUACCUGGCUGUAAUGCUCUGCAGGAAUGGAAGUCUACAAGUCAGAUACAAAGUCGGUAGGGAAGGAUCUUAUGUUUUCACAAUGGACUCUGAGAGAUUGGACAAUCGUAGAAUCCACCACGUGAAGAUCAGCAGAGAAGGACGGGAAUUAACCAUACAGAUUGACAAGACUCUGAAGAGGAAGCAGAACUUCUCAUCUGACGUCUACUUCAAAGCUCUCAAGUCCCUGACGCUCGGGAAGGUUUUGGAUAACCCAGAGCUGGAUCCAGAAAUCUCCACCAUAAAGUCUAUCGGCUUUGUGGGAUGUCUGUCUUCUGUCCAGUACAACCAAGUGGCUCCUCUUAAAGCGGCACUCCGACACCCCAGUCUGGCCCCGGUCACAGUCACUGGUUCUCUGACUGAAUGCAGCUGCGGAUCGGUCAGUGAGAGCGACCUGAGUACGAUCACCACCACCUACUCCUCCUCAGAUCCCUUCGGGAAGACGGAUGACCGGGAGCCCCUGACUAAUGAGAUGAGGAGCGGUCCGGCAGUCAUAGGAGGUGUCAUUGCGGUGACAAUAUUCAUAAUUUUUUGCAUUGUGGCGAUAAUGACAAAAAUUCUUUACCAACACAAAAAGACUCACGGGAAGAGUCAGUCCAAGGAGAAGGAGUAUCCGGGCAGCAUGGACUAUCCCUUCAGGAACGAGAUGGACUUACAGAACACCGUCAGCGAGUGCAAAAAGGAGUAUUUUAUCUGAGACUCGCUUUCUACGUCACCCGGUUUGUCUUUUUUCCCCUUUUUUGCAGUUUUUUUUCUUUCUAGCGAUUUCUCAAUGUCGGUUCCCUGGGAAGGAAUGAGAGGAAGGUGACGGAUGUCUUCAGUCCUUUCUUGAAGGCUCCUGCCUCGUGUCUGGGGACCGAGACGCCACGUUGCUCCAGUUUUAUAAAUGGCUUUCAGCACUUCGCGGGGCUGCGACAGCGAGGGACGGUCCCUGAGUGGCGGGAGGAAGACAUCAUGGUCAUGGAUGGCAGAGGAUACAUUGUAACACAUCCAAGUGAUACCUUCUAGAUACAGAGAUGAUCUGCGACUUGGCCCCCGAAGCCCCUCGCGGUCACACCGAGCUUUACCGGACCCAUCACUCCUCACUAUUACAAGGACACUCAUAUAUAUAGGACUUACCUGCUUCUUAGGCCAAAAUUAGAGUUUAAGGUAAAUAUUCUUAUAUUAAGAAUCAACUUCUAUAGAAGAUCACGGACUUUGUACUGAACGUACGGGACGCAGCAGCUGAUGGCGGAUGAUGGGGAAGGAAUCCUUUCAUUACUAUUACCCUCCAUCUUUAGAGCACCCGCUAACAAUCAGAGGACAACUAUCAUGUUGCUCACAGAUGAUGCUCUGUACAGACACUGAACAAGCAGGGGUCGCUGUAUUUGUAGUGAACCCCAGGUUUCGGGGUUUGGGGGGCUUCAGCUUUAUGGAAUUGUAUUAUGCAAUUGUCUAUUAUAUGGCAUUGAGCAGAAGCUACAACGGGGAAUACAGCUUCCUGCCACCUUUAGGGGGCACUAGAGAGGCCUCAGGUGGACCAGGUAAAUGUGAGGACUUUAAAGGGGAACUCCACUGGAAAUUAUUUUUAUUUUUUUUCUAAAUCAACUGGUGCCAGAAAGUUAAACAGAUUUGUAAAAUUGCUU